CUAGGGCUCUUACGUACGACUUCCUGGUGUCUAGUCACCGGGAGGGAUUAUUGUUUGAUAUUUUCCAAUCGCUCAACACGAACUGUCUAGACUGAAGUGUGAGUAUCGUGUACAAAGUCGUUCGUGAUGAAUCGCGACGCUCAGGCGUUGCUGGAUGACCUAGGGCUAACACACCAGCAUAUCACGUUCCUAGGUGACGUUCAGGUGAGAGACGAAGACGAAAUCGGCAGAGGAUCAGAUGCUGUUGUCUACAAGGUCAACUGGCAAGGUAUCGAUAUCGCUCUCAAAGUUUUACAUCCUGUGUUGGUUGAGCCAGGUGUACAGGAUAGAGAGCGUAAGAUCAGAGCGUUUGGCCAAGAGUUGUUUCGUCUUAGCAGGGUGCAUCACCCGAACCUGUGUCAACUGAUAGGAUUAGCUCGGGUAAGGGGAAAUGCUGCGUUGGCCCUGGAGUUAUUGUCGGCGUCUCUAGAAGAGGUUAGCAUUGGAGAUGGCAGAGAAGAUGCUCCUAAGCUCGUGUCGUAUCUCUGCGACGCUAGUGCAGGACUUCGCUAUCUGCAUUCAUUCGCAAUCAUUCACCGCGAUCUAGCGCCCAAGAACGUGCUUGUGAAAAAUGGCACGGCCAAAGUCAGUGAUUUCGGCGUUGCUAAAUUUGUGCGCUUGACCUCACCUCGACAACAACAGCACCAAGUCCAAUCGGCCAUGGACAUGACUCGCUGCCCAGGUACACUGCCGUUCAUGCCACCUGAGGCGUUGACUGAGGCUCCGGAUUACGAUCGUCCAUUGGACGUGUUUUCGCUAGGUGUAAUGAUGCUGAGCGUUCUAACAGGAGUAAUGCCUGGCAUCGAGUUGAUCACAGCGCCACAUUUCGUCGUCGUGCGGGAACGUGGCCAACAAGUCGAAGAAGUGAUUCCGGAGACAACACGCAGAGCACGCUACCUAGCACGCUUGCCAGAUGGACAUCCAUUGAAGCCAUUGAUACACCGCUGCCUCUCUAACCGUCCUGGGGACCGACCGUCAGCCGAGCAAAUGCACGAAGAGAUCAAACGUUUCCUGGCCAUGUUCAACAGUAUCUUGCCGAAUCAGCCUAGCACUGCUGGUUCAGGGGUUACCAGGCAACUGGAGUCGAUUUCACAGCAGCUAAGCCAGCAAGCUACAUGCAUUGCUGACAUCACCGCACGCAGCUCUGCAGUAGAGGACCAACUCAGCACCAUAACACAGCGUCUUGUCAACACUCAGCUGGAAACCACCGCCAUCCGUAGCCAACUGCAGACUACGAACCAACAAGUGACCGUAAUCAAUGACCGCGUGCACCGCACCAGCCAACAGGUGACUGGCUUGCGCGACCGACAGGAGACUACACACCAACAAGUGACUGAGAUCCGUGACCGACACGUGACUACGAACCAGCAUGUGACUGAGAUCCUUGACCGACAGGAGGCUAUGCAGCAACAAGUGACUGAGAUCCGUGACCGCCUGGAGACUACGACCGAACAAGUCACCAGCCUGCAAGGACAUGUAGCACUAGUUGCCAGUCAACAGACAGACCGUGCAUCCAUCAGUGAGCAGAUAGAUGAGACCAGCAGCCGAGCAAAUGAUCAACUAUCACAACAUCGCUCUACACUGCAGGCUCAGGGCAGUAGCAGCGACUCUGGACGACCUGCAAUGGAUAGUGGUAGAGUAAGACCAAUUUCUAGUGCGGAAUCCGGAGCCACCAGGACCACUCCAGCUUCCGGUGUUGGUGAAAAUUCUCGACAGCACUCUGCAGCACCUGCCGCACGUUCUCUGGCUCUCACACCAGAGAAGAUUGAGCGUAUCGCGAAGAAGAGAAAGUGGAUCGAAGUGUCAACCCCCAGUGAUGAUCAUUUAAAACUCAUCACGCACCAGAACACUCUCGUGGCCGUCUGGACGGAGGUGUUCGACAGCAUUACAAGCAUCCAGCAGACUACAGACAUGCACCACUGGACUGAGCUUCCGCGUCCGCGUGGUUCGUUCCAAUGCCCGUCCCUUGCAAGCAAUGGUCAGGAUUUGUACAUGUAUUGUCAUGACAACCAAGAUCAACCGUUUCUACUACAGUACGAGCAGAAUGAUAGGCAGUGGGUGAAAGUGGCAAAGGUGCCAUGUGGCCAGCACAGAGGCUGUAUUGUACAUGCUACUGACACUAGUGUUAGUCUUCUAGGUGGUAUCACCCCUAGGUUGGCUAGGCAAGCUGUCAAGCGUGUUAGCUGUUACACACUUCUUGACAAGCAGUGGAGAUCCUCUGCUAUCCCUUCCUGGCCUGCACCACAUGCACUUCCAUGUGACUGUGCAAAAGCAUCGCUUGUAACCUGUGGUGGUUCACUCUACAUCAUUGGUGGUAGCACGGGGUGUUUCCUCCAGUACACUGACGAUGGUCAUUGGCAGGAGGUUCCAGAACCAGAUGAGGUAGACCUGAAGAGCAGCUUGGCAUGCUCACUGUCUGAUGAUAAUCUAGUCAUCACCGGCAGUACAGGAUUCUGGCAAUCUCCGUGUACUGUGUACAAUGUACGUACGCGUUAUGUCUAUGAUCUGCCCGGUGUAGAGUGCGUUACCCUUUCGUCACUAGCGCUACUCAAUGGAGUACUAGUGCUCAGUACAGAAGGUGGCAGCCUCUACACCCUGGACAUGAACAUUUGAGCCGGUCGUGUGCAGCAAAGGACCACUGCUGUGCCAUGUUCGUGUUCUGUACAUUCUACUUCCAGUUUUGCUGAUGAUUGGAUGGCAUAACUGGAUGUUUCCUUUGCAGACUUUCUCAACUUGACCCUGUACUCCAUGUACAUGUACAUGGUGAUACAGUAGACUAACUUCAUGUUCCUGUACAUAUCCACACGUAUACAUUGACAAUGUACAAUGUAAGCGUAGAACUGGAUUUCCUUGCCGCUGGUCCUGAUGUUUAUGAGUGCUAUUUGUUUACUAACAUUUAUGCAUUGCCUGUUGUACUAAGGAUUGUAUGAUAACAUUACUGGCUAUUCAUGGGACUGGAUUGCGUCAUUGCUUUUGCUGGAUGAUGUCAUUCCUAAGUAUUGUUAGCCUAAGGACUGGACGGUGUCAAUGAACUGCUUUAAUUUCCCCCUGUCGUGUAUGCACGCUGAUUUUUCUUUCCAAGUUUUAAUACGUGUUUUUUCUUGCUUUUGCGAUUUUUUCACUUUAUGCGCGGUUCGUAGCAUGACGAUAUAAUACUGUGUGAAAUGU